UACCUAUAUCGUGUUUGGGUUGCGUCAUGCGUGCAUGCAUUUUUAAUUCGUAAACUCGAAUUUGAAUUUAGGGAAUUGAACUUACAGUAUAAGCUUAACAUAGUUAGACAAAAAUAAUAGGUAGCUGUAUUCGUUUUUACCAAAAAUGGAAACAAUAUUAGAACAACAACGAAGUUAUCAUGAAGAAAGGGAGCGGACGAUGGAUGCUAUGGUUAAAGAGGUUUUGCACAAGAAAACUGGACACAGAGAAACAAUAAACAGUGAUCAUCGAAUGAAAAAUUUACAUGAUAGAUAUAUUGAGUCCUCCAUAAGGCUUAAAGAAUUGUACGAAGAUAAAGACGGUUUAAGAAAAGAGGAAAUUGCUGCACUAUCGGGACCAAAUGAAUUUUCAGAAUUCUAUGCUAGACUCAAACAGAUCAAGGAGUUUCAUCGUAAACAUCCUAAUGAGAUAUGUGUUCCUAUGUCUGUUGAGUUUGAAGAAAUGGCAAAAAUAAGAGAAAAUCCUUCUGAAGACUACACAACCCCUGUGGAAUUUACUGAUGAAGAGGGUUACGGAAAAUAUUUAGAUUUACAUGAAUGUUAUGAUAAAUAUAUCAAUUUGAAGGGUAUUGAGAAAGUUGACUACAUAACAUAUCUCAGUAUCUUUGAUCAUCUCUUUGACAUACCAAGAGAGCGUAAGAAUAGUGAAUAUAGGAACUACAUCCGUGCACUUCUCACAUAUUUGAAAGACUUUGUGAGCAGAGUCAAGCCUCUGCUUGAUCAGGCACAAGAGAUGGCAGCAGCUCAUCAGGAUUUUGUUAAGCAAUGGGAAGCUGGCUCCUUUCCUGGAUGGCCUAAAGAAACAGGUGGCGCUCUGACCAAUGUGGGUGCUCAUCUUGAUCUAUCUGCAUUUUCAUCUUGGGAGGAGCUAGCAUCUCUAGGGCUUGAUAGAUUGAAGUCUGCUCUGAUGGCCUUAGGUUUGAAAUGUGGCGGCACUUUGGAGGAAAGAGCACAAAGAUUGUUCAGCACAAAAGGACAAACCGCGCUAGACAAGUCUUUGGUGGCUAAAAAGGGAGGAAAUAAGGCAAAAGCUUCAACACAGCAAAGGCACAAAGAUAUUGGCGCCAUUGAAGCACAAGUUUACAGAUUCGCGGGCAUUGUGAGCAGUACGCGCGCAGCGACCAUAGAGAACGUGACACGACGCGCGGCGCGCGCUGCCGGCGAGCGUAGAGACGAGAGCGAUGAUGAGAGUGACACCUCUGUGGCUGCGGACCUUGAUUCCGAUGAUGAUGAAGUGCCGUACAACCCUAAGAACUUGCCGCUGGGAUGGGACGGCAAGCCGAUCCCGUACUGGCUAUACAAGCUCCACGGAUUGAACAUAAGUUAUUCGUGCGAGAUUUGCGGCAACUACACGUAUAAGGGGCCGAAAGCGUUCCAACGUCACUUCGCCGAGUGGCGGCACGCACACGGCAUGAGGUGCCUGGGCAUACCGAAUACGGCGCAUUUUGCUAAUGUCACACAAAUUGAAGAUGCCUUAGCCCUAUGGGAAAAAAUUAAAAACCAGAAAGAAGGUGAGAGAUUCGUUGCUGAGAAUGAUGAGGAAUUUGAAGAUUCUCAAGGAAAUGUUGUCAAUCGCAAGACCUAUGAAGAUUUGAAACGCCAAGGCUUACUUUAAGAUGUCAAUAACUAUAUAUUAUGCUUAAAAUAUAAUAAUAAAUGUCUAAAAAUGUGACUUUUAA